CAGCCAAUAGUCGGCGCCCUCCGCGGGCGCGGGGGUGGGGGCGGUGGUCAGAGGCCCCGGGAGCGCGGUUCGCGGCUGCCGCCGCCCGUCCUCGCGGACCGAGCUGACACCAUGCCACAGGAAGAGUGACCUCUUGGUCUGUUUUCACCAUGGAGGACUCAGGAAAGACUUUCGGCUCUGAGGAGGAAGAAACUAACUACUGGAAAGAUCUGGCUAUGACCUACAAGCAGAGGGCAGAGAAUACGCAGGAGGAGCUCCGAGAAUUCCAGGAGGGAAGCCGCGAAUACGAAGCUGAAUUGGAGACACAGCUGCAACAGAUCGAAACCAGGAACAGGGACCUCCUGUCGGAAAAUAACCGCCUUCGCUUGGAGCUGGAAACCAUCAAGGAGAAGUUUGAAACACAGCACUCAGAAGGCUACCGGCAGAUCUCGGCCUUGGAGGAUGACCUUGCCCAGACCAAAGCAAUUAAGGAUCAACUGCAGAAGUACAUCCGAGAGCUGGAGCAAGCAAACGAUGACUUGGAAAGAGCAAAACGGGCCACAAUUAUGUCUCUGGAAGAUUUUGAGCAGCGUUUGAAUCAAGCCAUUGAAAGAAAUGCCUUCCUGGAGAGCGAACUGGAUGAGAAGGAGAAUCUCCUAGAAUCUGUUCAGCGGCUGAAGGAUGAAGCCAGAGGUCAGGAGGCCUUGGCUUUGUUCUGUGUGCCCUCACCAGCGUUUACACCCAUAGCUCAUCGGGGACCCAGCGCUAACUUAAACACACCAGGGACGUUCAGACGUGGUCUGGACGACUCCACGGGUGGGACCCCCCUCACUCCUGCAGCGCGGAUAUCGGCCCUCAACAUCGUGGGAGACCUGCUUCGGAAAGUAGGGGCCCUGGAGUCCAAACUUGCAUCCUGCGGGAACUUCGUGUAUGAUCAGUCCCCAAACCGUACGAGUGGCCCCGGCUCGGGGCGGGGAAGCAAGCACAGAGAUGGCGGUGAGAGACAGCCAAGCAGCGCUGGCUUGCCUCUGGGUGACAAAGGGUUGGGAAAACGCCUGGAAUUUGGGAAGCCGCCUUCAAAUAUUUCCGCACCGUCGCUGCCAUCAGCCCAGGGCGUAGUCAAGAUGUUGCUUUAGGAAAUCCACGGAAGCUGAAGCCCCAUUGUGUCUGUGCGGGAGUCCUACCUUUCUUCCCCUCUUUAAACUAGGUUUCUGUGUUUUUAAGUUAGAGAAAUAGGAGCAAACAGUCACAUUAGCCAAUGAGGCUAUCGCCUGUGGCCCCUGGUAGUUGGCCCAGGGAAAUGUUGUGUCAUGAUCCCUAUCCUGCUUGCUGGUGUGGACGGGGACAAACGGGACCCUCUGGAAAGGGCUCGAAGGUGCAGAUGCCGAGGCUACCCCAUCAUUGUGAGCUGACCUGAGUCCUGAAUGGUUCUGAAAUGUGUUUUUAAUGUCUGGAGAUGCCUUAAAAGUGGGAUGUGAGCCCACCUCACUCAGGCUGUCUUCCAGAACAAAAUCUCCCAGGGCUCUGUGGCACAGGGAGGGUCUGGGUAAUGAAAUCAUGUCUAGGAGAGAGGAGUAGAACAGGCACGUGCCUUUUUGAGAAGAAACUACGGUCUUGUGUACCUCUGGCACUUUUUAAUCUGCCUCUCACUGAGGCAUUGAGCUUGUGUUUCAGAGGAGAUCUUGUGUGGACCAGGUCAGUGGAAAGUCUGUGUCCUUUUUAGAUCGAUCCUGAUGGUUGGUCUUCCUUGAACUUCUGCCCUGGCCUGAGGGUGACCUCCGCUUGAGGACCCUGACGGUCUACGGGGUGGCAUGGCCUUGGGAAUGCAGCCCCUAAGAGCAGGACAUCAUUCAAAGUUUUGAUAAAAUAAUCAGGGUGACCUCCAAAUAAGCUUAAACCACAGGAUUGUUGUUGGAAUCUUCCUUGUCAAAGAAGAAACAAACACGGGAUUUCCACGCGGACGUUGUACAUACUCAACCCUGCUUGGUGUGAGCUGCCGUCUCACGCUUUUGGAGGCGUGUAAAAAGAACACAGGAAUUCAGGAGCAUGCAUGCAGCCUAACGACCUUUUGUUACUAAGUUAUUUUUCCAAAAGAAUAGCAAAAAUAUCCUUGAGUUGAAGAUAGAACUUUACAAGUGCUACUGAAAUUCAACAGAGACUUGAUCUCUGGUGCCCGGCUCCUUACCCUGGGAACAUUCUAACCUGUAUUGGUGAAAGACGUACUUUUAUUUUUUUUAAAAGAACAAUAAAAUCAAGAGAAACUAAUUUCCAGUUAGUUUGUGGUGGUGGUCAGUAAACACUGCUUUGUUUGUGCUUUUUACGUUCGCUCAUAUGGUGGAAAAAACUUGGUUAAAAAACAAGUAAGUAAAUAUGAAAAAAAAAUCCUUUUUAAAAAAACUCUCUUCAGUUCGGCUUCUUAGAAGUGUAUUUGGGAGAUGUUUGUGCAUUGCUCAGGGUAUAAUUCGCAUUUAGUCAUUGGCUUGAGUUUUUUAGUUGGUGUUAUUUCUUCUCUUCUCAAAUCUAUUGGACCCCACGGAGUCGAUGUGUGGAAUUUUGUGUGUCGAAUAGAACUUGUGCAAGGGAUCUCCAUCUGGAACAGUCAAGCUGAGGAAGGAAAGGACCCACAGCCUGGUGUUGUAUGACCCCCUCAGUAAGAAUGGUUUUUAUGUUUUUAAAGGGUUAUUUAAAAAAAAAAAAAAAAGGAAAGAUAAACAUGUGACUGAGACCAGAUGUAGCCUGAAAUAUUGACUCUCUGGCCUUCACAGGAAGUUUGUUGGCCCUGCUGGAUGAAGUCUUAUGUUUUAACUUUAAAAUUCAAGGAUCUCUUGUAUUCUUCACAGUGUGUAUGUGUGUAUGGGUUUGGAUUGAUAAGGAUGUUCUUUCUGGUCACGUUCCUACUUCCUGGGCCGGGAGCCUCCCAGCUCUGGUUGGAGAAGUCACGUCACACAGACUCACGUGACCUCCCUGCUUGCCUUUUUUUUUUUGGCCAGCUGUGGGAUCUCGGACAAUUCGUUUCACCUCCCUAGGCCUCAGUUUCCCCAUUUAUGAAUGACUUCACAGAGUCCCCACAAGGAUUCGGUGAGAACACUCUUCCCUCCAUUCUUUCACUCUCGGAAACCACAGAAGAGCUGAGUGCAUUCCAGUGAUGUAUAACCUUUUAUUCGUGAGGGUGUCCUUAAGUACAGUCGGGGUGCAUAUAAAACAGUGUAACAUUCCUGCUCUUACCCGCUGGAGCAGUGUCUCCUUUUUAAUUCCUGUGACUACCGAAGGCACUUGGUCUCCGUGAACUGUGUGCGUCUGAGGUGUGGUAACCGGGAGGAUAAGGAACUCAAACAGGGGCCCACUCGACACGUUGGAAGGGUACACAGGUUAGGGAAUGACUUGGGGGCGGGAGGCGGCGGCACCCACUUCGGUGACUUCCUCCCCAUGCCAUGUAAA